UCAAAAAACUUUUUCAAAAAACAGAGACUUCGCUCAACAAGCAGACCAUAUUUUCCUGAUGGUGUGACGCACGAUAACCGGCACACAGAACCAUUUCCAAUUUAUAUCAAUCGUGCACAAGGAUCAAAAAAGUGGAGCGUUGACGAGAUUGAAUUGAUUGAUUAUUGGUCAGGACAUGGAGCGUUGCUACUCGGUCAUAGCCCGCCUGAAAUUGUUGAAGCUGUCACGCAGCAGAUGCCGCGCGGAACACACUAUGGUGCUUGUCAUGCACUUGAGGUAGAGUGGGGUGGCCUCGUGCAGGAACUGAUUCCUUCAGCGGAACGGAUACGAUUCGUCAAUUCCGGCACGGAAGCGACCUUAAUGGCAAUUCGGCUGGCACGGAUGCAUACGGGAAAAAACAAAUUCCUGAAAUUUGCGGGACAUUUUCACGGCUGGCACGAUUCCGUUAUUUUAGGCGUGAAUCCGCCGUUUGAGACACCGGUGCCCGGUAUUCCAGAAAGCGUCAUUGAUACGACGGUUAUCUGUCCACCUAACGACAUUGAUGCGGUUGAAAAGCAGCUGAAAUCCGAUCCGGACAUCGCUUGUGUUAUCUUAGAACCGACAGGCGGUGCCUUCGGGACCAUCCCGACGAACGGCGAGUUCCUCCGGCAGUUACGGCAGAUUACGCAGGAUCACGGCGUUAUUUUAAUCUUCGACGAAGUGAUCUCCGGUUUUCGUGUCUCUCCGGGCGGUGCACAGGGAUACUAUAAUAUCACGCCUGACCUUACGACGCUCGCCAAAAUCUUGGCAGGUGGUCUGCCGGGUGGCGCGGUUGCUGGAAAAGAAGAGUUGCUAAAUCUCAUCUCGAUCAAAGCUUCAAAAUCGAAUUCACGCGGACAAAGGAUGCCGCAUCCCGGAACCUUUAACGCCAACCCGUUAUCCGCUGCCGCUGGGAUUGCAAUGCUGAGGCAAGUCAAGACAGGUGUCCCACAUGAAAAGGUCAACCGUAGUGCGAAAAUGUUGCGGGAAGGGCUGGUUGAUGUAAUUGAUCAACACAAGCUCGAUUGGGCGGUCUACGGCGAGUUUUCUGGGGUGAAGUUUCUCAUCGGGCAUGGUGUUGAUGGAUUGCGUGCCGCCGAUUUCGAUCCCUACAAUUGGGAGCCUCACCACUGA